AUGGCUUCAAACUGCAUCCAAGUGUACUCUGAUAUUCAGACUCAUGAUAACAACCCUCUUCGACUCGAGGUAUCCGGUUCUGCUCGGAUUUCUUGCCCUCCGAACUCUGCUCUGGCACCCCAGCAGCCAAGUUUAGGCGUACUAAAUGUCGACGAUAUAUGGCUUCGCUUGAGUUCGGCACUAUUGUUUAAGCUUGAUAUCCAGAUCCAGGACUGUUCUGAGGAUGCGCUGUUUGCUCUACACAUCUUAAAUACCAUCAGCCAUUUGUUGUGUUCAGCAAAGGCAAGCUGUGGUCCGAUCUUUGCUUGUCCGUAUUGCUGGAAGGGUCAGAAUUACAAUCAACUCUCUUACGUAGAGAGCUAUGGUAAGCGGAAUGCGAACCCCUUCUUAUCAGCAGCCUAUACCCAUGUUCUGCCUCCUGCUGGGGUGCAGGUCGUCACCGUGCGCGAAAUUGAAGCUUGCUUCAACUUUUCCAUGGCAAACGUGAAUGCCAUAAAACCUCCAGCAAGGGGGCUUCAACACUCGCUUCACUCUAUCGAUCCUUCGUGUAUCAGUAAUAAGCUGUUCUUUGAGUCCAUGUCUGCUGGCGGCGCACUCUCUGGUCUAGAUGCGGAUUGGGUCUCACUUGACGAUGACUCCCCGUUCUCUAGCCAAGAAUUUAAGUCAAGUUUUAGUUCAAAGGAUUCCCAAAUAACCGGACCGGAUGACGAGCAGCCAUCUAAUGAACGUCCGAGGGUAGAAAUUGCCGAUACUUAUGGUAUAUCCCAACGAGCAGCUCUGAUCCCUAUAAUUGCCAAGGGAAUACACUCGCUUCUUUCAACUACUUCGUCCUUGGCUCUCAAGUCAAGAUUUGCAGAACUUGAGAAAAAUCACCAGGAGACCCCGCGGGCCGAAGAAAAUAACCUGUCUGACAAAGUCUCGAAUACAAGGAAAGUCAUCAAAUACCUGUUGUGGACAAAGAUGCAACGAAAGCUAUUAUCACCUUUUCCAAUGCGAAAGCUCAGCCCAUUAAAGCUUCAUAGCAGCUUAUCAACUUCUUCUCAGAAACAGUCCACGCCUGCUAUUUUGCCGUCUGAAACAAAAGGCAUCAUUUCUGCGCCGUACUGCCCAAUUCUCAACAUGGGUGAACACGAUGAUUUCGACUGCAGUACAGACAGUGAAGAUUUCCUUGCAGACGAGCUCGAUGAGCUUGAAAGCAAAUUGGUAGAAGAAAUGAUAGGGGCCAAAAACAACAAGUUUUCCCCCACUUCACCCACUCUAUGUUCGUCGCCCAUGCUUGACGAGGAAAAAUAUGACCAGGAUGAUGUAUUCUGCUCAGAUUUAGACCAUAAUAGAAUAGAGGCGCCAAUGUUAGAUGGCUUGCCCAAAAUUUCAUCUUCACCAAUGAUUUCGGAGCUAUCGGUCGACUCCGAUCCUAUUUUAGAUGACGACGAAAAUGAAAAUAAUGACACGGACCUUGGUGACAUGAUACUAGAUAUAUAUAGUGGUGUUGAUAAUAUAGACAAUGUUCCGGGCGCCGGUGCUGCAAACGAAGAGAUGCUCUUCUAG